AAAAGCUUGUUUUGCACCGCUCCCGUUUGCUGAUGCCUCCUUAGACUUUCCUCUGUGUAUAUUUCUGGGAGGAUCCAAAGUUCUCUGCUAGUUGGGAAAGAGAAAAGGGGGGAAGCCAUGUCUUUGGGGUACGCGCAGAAGCUCUCCUACAGGGAGGACGUCGGCACCGUGGGCAUGUCUGAGAUCUUCGACCCACCCGACCUCCUCCAGCAAAAGAUUGAAGAACUUGCCCUAAUGAUUAAAAAGAGCAAACAUCUGGUGGCAUUUACAGGGGCUGGGAUUUCAACUUCAAGUGGCAUACCAGAUUUUCGAGGACCGAAGGGUGUUUGGACUCUUCAGCGAGCAGGCAUGGGAUUGCCUGAAGCAUCACUUCCUUUUCACCGUGCAAUGCCAAGUCUUACUCAUAUGGCUUUAGUGGAAUUGGAGAGAGCUGAUAUCCUGAAGUUUGUUAUUAGUCAGAACGUUGAUAGUCUUCAUCUUCGAUCUGGCAUACCAAGGGAGAAGCUUGCUGAAUUGCAUGGAAAUUCUUUCAGGGAAGUUUGCCCUGCAUGUGGGAUCGAAUAUAUUCGAGAUUUUGAGGUUGAAACCAUUGGGAUGAAAGAGACAUCAAGGCGUUGUUCUGACACAAAGUGUGGUGCAAAACUUAAGGACAGUGUUCUUGAUUGGGAGGAUGCUUUACCUCCUAAAGAGAUGAACUCUGCUGAGAAGCACUGCAGAACUGCUGACCUUGUAUUAUGUUUAGGGACUAGUUUGCAGAUAACACCUGCGUGCAACUUACCUUUAAAGUGUAUCCGAAAUGGUGGGAAGAUUGUUAUUGUAAAUCUUCAGCCAACCCCAAAGGACAAAAAGGCUAGUCUGGUGAUCCAUGGGCUUGUUGAUAAGGUUAUUGCAGGCGUCAUGAACUUUCUUAGCCUGUGCAUUCCUCCAUAUAUCCGCAUUGACUUUGCUCAACUUAGUCUGUCUCAUUCACCAAAAAAGAACACUUACGUGAAAUGGACUCUGAGGAUUACAAGUAUCCAUGGACCCAGAGCUCCAUUAGCAUUUCUGAAGUCAGUUGAGAUAUCAUUUCCUGAGAGACCGGACUUAAAGGCUGCCUUCCUAGAUAAGCAGCCAUUUCAUCUGAAAAGGGAAACAGCAAGAAAAAGGCCCUUCAAGAUGUUGUUAACUUUUCACUUUUGUGAUGGUUGUAGCUGUCCAUCCACUUCCAUUGAGUGGCCAAUUGAUUUUCAGGUUACUAAAGGAAGCUUUGUUCAAGAUAAGGAUGAGGUCCUUCGCAGUCUGAAGAAUGCAGCAGGGGAAGAAUCCCAUGGUGGUCAAUAUGCUGCUUUGGAGGCGAAGUUCCUUCCUAGGUCUGAAGUUACAACUAUUGCCAUAGCAACAAGCAUUUGCAGAUUCGACGGCUUGGCAGAUGUGAACAGGCGGCUGGACAUGAUAUCUAACAACUGCUUUCCUUUGAUUAAAAGGUGCAACGAAGGCACCAAUGGCAACACAACAUCCGAGAAGAGAUUCAAGCGGACCUGACCACCAGGGUUUCUUUGACAUGUGGUUCCAGGCUUCAUUUAGCAAUAUAUACUGAUGUCUAACAUUAGUACCACACAACUUCCUUACUAGACAUUUUGCACAAGAGUAGCAGUAUGCAGAUGGAAAGGCUGGGUGAAUUUUGAAUGUCGCGCCGAGUUUCCAUUUACGAGUCUCAGAUAGAGAGACGUCCAAUCUUUUUGUGCCAAAUUUUGUGUAUCAAGUGUGCUUAUAUUAACAUGUUCUUCACAGCUUAUUUGUUACUGUAUGCCUUCUUAAUGCAUAUAUUGCAUGCUUGUGA